AUGGAAUUGGUUGAAAAACAAGAUUUGAUGAUGGAGUGUCUCCAGGAAAAGUUGGACAUGAGCAACGAACAGAUUCGAUUACUUCGGGAUGCGGAAGAAAAGAGGCGUAGUUCUGAAAUCGAGACCUCUGCGAUAAUGACGGCCGCAGAGGAGAAAAUCGCUGCUGCUGUGGCUGCAGUAGAGUUACUACAGGCGCGAAACCAGAAGCUGGAAGAAGAACUUGAGGUGUUGAAAAGAAAAACUGAUGAAGAAAAACCAGUUGCUUCUGUGAUUCAGCUUCGUAACCGGGUUAAAGAGCUUGAAUUUGAUCUCAUUCGUGAGCAACGUAUGGCGAGUAAUUUUCAAAGUGAUGUUGAUUAUCAUAAGAGCAGAGUGGAGCAGCUUCAAAGCGAAUUGGACGCGUGCAAUAACAACAACGUGAGCGUUGCUUCAUCACUUUCUCUGAAAUUAGAGAACAGUGUGAAGGAGCUAGCUGAGUUGAGGAUUAAUUAUCAGUCUGCUCUGAACGAAAGAGAUCAUAUCGCUUCCGAGUUGGGAGGAGAAGUUGAUGUAUUGAGGCAAAGAUCAACCCAUCUGCAAGCGCACUGUGAGCGGCUUUCGUCUGAAAUGAUGAAGUUACGGAAGGAAUGCAAGGUGGCGGAGUGUCGUAUAGCAGCACUUGUAGAGGAGAAUGCUAUGCUGAGAGGAAAAAAUGCAAAGGGUUUUCCGGAGGACGAAGGAGAAGAGCAAGUACAACGGCUAUUGAAAGAUCAGAGCCAUUUGAUCUCUGCUCUCCGAGAAGAGGGUAAAAUACUGUUGGAUCAGCUAGAAUCCGAAAGGAAGGAGUACAGGACAAAAGUCAAAUCAUUCAAGAAGGAGAAACCUGCUCUGAACGAAAGAGAUCAUAUCGCUUCCGAGUUGGGAGGAGAAGUUGAUGUAUUGAGGCAAGGAUCCGCCCAUCUACAAGCGCACUGUGAACGGCUAUCGUCUGAAAUGAUGAAGUUACGGAAGGAAUGCAAGGUGGCGGAGUGUCGUAUAGCAGCACUUGUAGAGGAGAAUGCUAUGCUGAGAGGAAAAAAUGCAAAGGGUUUUCCGGAGGACGAAGGAGAAGAGCAAGUACAACGGCUAUUGAAAGAUCAGAGCCAUUUGAUCUCUGCUCUCCGAGAAGAGGGUAAAAUACUGUUGGAUCAGCUAGAAUCCGAAAGGAAGGAGUACAGGACAAAAGUCAAAUCAUUCAAGAAGGAGAAACGUGAACUGGAGGAACGGCUUCAAAAACUGCUGUCUGUUUGA